AUGGACGAGAGAGAGUUCUUGUGGAUGCUGGAGCGCUAUCCUUCAGUGCGUAAGAAGACGCACUGCCGUGUGCAGUGGAACGACAUGUACGAUGAGGCGUCAGGGAAGCAGGAGGGAGAGGUCGGGUCCGGGACGUUUCUUCUGCCAGGUCAGGACCGGGUUAUUGAGGCGGCGGACUCGGUGGGAGACGCACUGGAGAAGGUCCUGGCUCCGUGUUUUUCGUCGCAAGAGACGGCCAAGAUCCAGCACGAGCUGGAGAAGUCAUUGGAAGCGUUUGUGGCGCGAUUGUGUCUGGAGCACGUGGACGAUCUGUGCGCGCAGUUCGUUACGACCAAGUUGACGUGA